UCUACACUGAAAGCAAGGAGUAUACUUAAGAUGUCCGAAGGUCAUCACGCCCAUGGUGGCGAUAAGAUGGAAAUUUCUUGCCCGCAUAUGAUGCUCUUUCAUGGUGGGCAUUGCGAGCAAAUUCUCUGGAAGGCUUGGACCGCAAAGACAAUUUUAGAAUUUUCAUUGUCUGCGUUUGCUAUUUUCCUUUUGGCAUUCUUGUAUGAAGGUGUCAAGUUUUUGCGACAGUUCCUUCUUCGUAGGGAACUAGAAAAGAUAUCUAAAAGCAAAGAGAAGACAGAUGUUGUAUGCAGCACAAUUGCUGGACUUAAAAAUAAACAAUUGUUUAAGCAGAUAGCAGCACCUCAACAUCUCAUACAAACCUUAUUGUUCUUAUUUCAAGUUACAUUAUCUAUGCUACUUAUGUUGAUAUUUAUGAGUUUCAAUUACUGGUUGUGCCUAUCAAUUCUGUUAGGUCUUACAGUUGGAUACUUUCUGUUUGGUUGGAUUAAAGACGAUGCCUAUGACAGUGAUUGCUGCAAUUAAAAUACAUAUUUACUA